AUGCAUAUAAAACCAAAUAUUAGCCAAUUUACGAGUCAAUAUGAAGGAUACGCUGAAAUAUAUGAAAAGCCAGCUAAUGCAAAUGAAUCGUGUGUAUAUUGCAUGAAGGAUUAUAAAAGUAAAAAUUCAAAAUAUGUAUAUAAACAUAUAGUGAGAAUGUUUUUUGAAAAACAUAACUUAAAUAAUAAUAAUAUAGCCUUAAUAGAACAUGAAUGUGGUGAACCUCAGAAUUAUAUGACGUAUGAAAUUUUUUUUAAAAAAAUAUUAUCUUUUAGUAAUUGUUUGAAUAAAAAUGAGGAAUUUAAUAUUCAAGAAAAAGCAUAUAACGAAGAAAUGAAUGAUGGAAAAUUUAAGUUAUUAGGUUUAUAU